AGAUGCUCAUCAUACCUCGACGAUGGAAAUGUUGUAUGAUUGAUUCUCCGUGGUAACCCGUUUCAGAAUCUUUGCGGGAAAGCCUCACGAUACAUGAUGUGUAUCGACGUGUGCAGAACCAUGGGUACAUAACUUAUAUUGGGUCUUUUUCUGCGAUGCGUAUUUGUGUCAUGUAGGUAAUGGGGAUUGAGGUCAAAGCUUGUGGCGAUGUGGCAGUCACUCCAUCGUCUCUUUCCGAUGGUUUCUCCAAUUCUGUCAAUUCGAGGCUACCAGGUUUAGUGGAAAUGUUGGUUUUUCUAGUCUGACCGUUUAGAUUUUAUUGCUCUGCAGAUUGACGUUGUUUUUUUCGGACUUAGGUUUUAUGGAUAGUUUUAGGUUUCCAAUUGAGCACAUUGGGUAGUCAAUCCUUAGUAGCUAAUUUUGUGUCUCUCAUCUCUGUCAUGGAGCUCAAUUGUAAUAGCAGAGUCGAAACCUCAUGAGAACCAUGAGGUUGCAGUUGUUAUACUACGUCCAUGCUAUAAGUGAUCCCAUGUGAAGAUUUUGAAGCUUUCCCCGUCCCUCGAAUGUUCAUGAGCAAAAAUUGGCAGCACUAAUCUCCAGCUGAGACCACUCUACAUUAUUCCAGGGGCUAAAGCCAUGGCAGCUAAUCCCAGUUUUUCAUCCGGUACUGCCAUAUUAGCGUGCGCGGCGAUGGCAGUGCUCUACGUGGGCAUGCUUUACACCCCCAGCCUUUUGUUUCGCCUGCCACCUGCACGAACCAUCAACGAGCAUUACAUUCGGCGGUUUACGUGCUCGGUUGUUGCCUCCGUCCUCGCCUCUGGACUCUGCUUCUGGCUUUUAGGUUCACCUAUUGAUAUGCUCCGAAAUGGUGACCUACCAGCAGCACUCGCCGUACUUGGCAUUCGAAGAGACCAUGUCUGGCAGGCAACACUCUAUCCCCUACUCUUGACUGCUCUGCUAUACCUUGGCCCCCUGGUCAUGACAGCUCUGAACACAGACGAGAGGCUUGAAGAUGAGGCGAAAGUAGAGAUGGGGUUUAUUCAAGGCCUCUUUACCAGGACGAGAGAUAAUGUAAUUUCCUUGACUACCGACAUAUUUGCAUGGCGCAACUACAUUGUGGGGCCACUUACUGAGGAGUGGGUGUUCCGAGCUUGCAUGGUCCCAGUAUUAUUGUGUGCGGGCUAUUCUCAACUCAAAGUCAUGCUUCUGUGUCCACUGUAUUUUGGCCUUGCUCACCUGAAUCAUUACUGGGAGACGGUGUAUCCCGAGAAUCGAAAUCACAAAAUUGCGGCACUCAUUACAGGUUUUAGGUUUGCAUACACCACUAUUUUUGGUUGGUACGCAGCCUUUCUUUAUCUUCGAACAGGACAUCUGGUAGCUCCCUUGGUGGCUCAUAUAUUCUGCAACGUAAUGGGUUUGCCAGCUGUUGGUGAUGCCCUCGAAUCGCCGUAUAACAAAGUGAUAGGAUUGACAUUUCUUGUAGGUUUGGGGAGCUUCAUUUGUCUUUUAAAUCCAGCCACAUCACCAGCCCUGUAUGGUUACAUGCCCGGUCAGUGUUUACCCACUGCUUCAUGACAGUGCGGAAAGCCUGAUCUAUGCGGCUUUUCAAUGUUGACUUUUUAGCUGAAUAGUGUGUUCCGAAUUUUUCAAUGCUAGUACAGUAGAUUAUACAACAGCAUAAUCCGCAUUGUCAGGCGUGGCGCUGAUUGGCAUAAGCGUUAGAAGCAAUGCCAAAUGUUUCAGAACUUGCACCAUCGCCAGAAGUGGACAUCGUUUGAGAGAACGUGCCAUACCUCUGAAAAGCCUCUUUUCAUCAGCAUGCAAUUGUUCUAGAAGUUGUAGGUCGUCAGAUCUGUCCACCGAUUACAGAAUAUACUUACACCAUUUCAUUGCGACUUGAUGGAAGGUCUGUUUCUAAAUUCCUAUGUCCUGAUUUUGCGUCUUGCUAACAGAUGAAAAAUCUAGCUGGGUAUUAUUAUGUUUGUUGCUACGUAGGAUCCCGAGAGACAUCUGUAAACUAGGUGGGGCCGCUUGAAUCUCACAUAAACUUGUGUUUGCUAGCAGGGGUGUCAGCACUGUGAAGCUUUCCGGGCGAUCUUCGUCCUACUGCCUUAACAGUUGCCUUAACACUCACGUUGUUCUGAUCAGUUUGUAGAAACUGAGAUUAGCACUCGUAUCAGACAUGGAAAACGUAAGCUGCAGGACUGGAUAUUCCAUUGUGUCAACCAGUUGCAUAUGUAUUUUGCGGACUGGAGUUUGGUUGUAGAGAUCCUGUUGCUGCGAUUCUGUGUUUCAUGCUAGUGAUCAAGAAAUGGGUUCGUUCUGGUCAUUGAAUCUAAAAUUGAGGAAGCUCUGUGCACAACACUCCACGACGAUUCUUCCAGACUUCCGAAAUUUCAAUACGGUGAACAUUCAGAGCCUAACUUUUCCUACCGGAGUUGAAACGAAGUUCACCUUCUGGAGUGUUAUUGGUCAGAAGCUACGCAUGUUCGAUGUCUGAACACUGUAAUAGAUUUUACAUGCCAUUGCUGUGUUGGCUACUAACUAGUUGAAAGCUCACGCUUUGUGAAUGCAUUGGAUUUUAACAUUGUACCUGAAUACCAAUAAAGUUGCACCUUCAAGCUC